AAGGGAUCUGCAGCUUCCUCCACACUUCACCAGCUGAGAGACGAGAGGAGGCAUCGCUCUGCGGGUUACGUGUGAUACAACACCACGCUGACUGUUACUGUCGCUCAUUUCCAAGUCAAAUAUCCAAGAGGUGGCGCCACCCUGGUCAGUCUUUCUGUACUCAUCAUGUCGGACAUGAUGGCUUCCUGUCAGGAGUUUGAGGUGACCGUUCACACCUCACCUGGUCCUACCUGUGGAACUUUCAACCGCCUGUGGCUCAACCUGAUUGGCUCACAGGGAGAGACUCCGCCCAGUAGCGUGAACAUGGGUGACCAUCGUCUCCUGCCUGGAUCGGCGUGUCCAGUCCGGGUCCAGGCCAGCGGUCCUCUGGGUCGUCUACUUCUGGUUCGGCUCCGGCUGGAGGCUCAGACCGGAUUCCCCAACCUGGACUGGCACUGCAGCCGAGUGGAGGUCCGCAGGCUAGCUGGAGAACCAGGGUCGGGGUCUGAGGAUCCAGAAUUACAGGUGUUCCUGUGUGACAGGUGGCUGCAAACAGCAAAUGGUGGUGUAGAACUACGGAGUGGAAAGUUGUGUUUGCUGAAGGAUGAGACAGAAGAGAAGCUGAAACAGCAGAGAAUCAAACAGCUGCAACACCAGCACAAGCUCCUCAGAUGGCAAACGUUUGUUGACGGUGCUCCACAUUGUGUUGACCUGAAAAGUCUGUCUGAACUCGGGCCAAACCUCAGCUACACACACAAGAGUCCAUCAAUAAACCUGCACUAUCUAAAGGGCUUCACCGGCCGAGCAGAGGCCUGGGCCAGUUUCACGGAGCUGGAGACGGUGUUUGCCCACAGUGGACUCCAGAACAGCACCUCCAGGUUUGUGAAGUCUCACUGGAUGGAGGACUGGUUCUUCGGCUACCAGUGUCUGAACGGCUGCAACCCUCUGCUGCUGCGUCAGACCUGCCUCCUUCCUCCAAACCUGUCCAUCACUUCUGACAUGCUCCACCCCUUCCUGCCUGAAGGCUCCUCUCUCGACCAGGAGCUACAGAAAGGAACCAUUUACCUGCUGGACUACGAGGUUUUGGAGGGCAUCCCAGCCAACGUGAUCAACGGAAAGAAGGCCUAUGUGUCUGCUCCGCUGUGCCUCCUCCACCUGAACCAGCAGGGGCAACUCGUCCCAGUUGCCAUCCAGCUGCAGCAGACUCCCGGGCCUCAGAACCCUGUCUUCCUGCCCUCUGACCCCGGCUGUGAUUGGCUGCUGGCUAAGAUUUGGGUUCACAGCGCAGACUUCCAGUGUCACCAGUUGGUCUCCCACUACCUGAGGACCCACAUACUAGGGGAGCUGUGCUGCGUGGCCACGAUGCGACAGUUGUCAAACGUCCACCCGCUGCACCAGCUGCUGAUGCCGCACAUCUGGACGUCACCUCAGAUCAACUUCCAGGCCAGAGAGUUUCUGCUGGCUCCUGAUGGUGUGUUUGAUAAGGCGGUGGGCUUGGGUCUGGAGGCGCUACCUGUGCUCCUCUCCCGGGCAGCGGAGAGGAUUUCUUAUCAUUCUCUUUGUGUCCCCGAUGAUGUGUUUGACCGCGGUGUGGACAAACUGCCACAGAGCUACUACGCCCAGGAUGCCCUGAAAGUCUGGGACGCACUGCACAGGUUUGUGGGCAGCUGGGUGGAUCUGUACUACAGCGGAGACAGAGAAGUGGAGCAGGACUCGGAGCUUCAAAACUGGAUCACCGACAUCAAUGCACAUGGCUUCACACACAGCCCAGGUUUCCCUCAGUCUUUACAGACCAAGGCAGAUGUGUCCAAGUUUGCCACCAUGGUCAUCUACAGCUGCUCAGCGCUGCACGCUGCUGUCAACUUCUCCCAGUUGGACUUCGGCCUCUGGAUGCCAAACAGUCCGGCCUACAUGUCACGUCCCCCUCCGCAGGUCAAAGGUGCAGUGACGGAGGACGACAUCAUGUCCUUCCUGCCGGACGUGAACGCGACCUGUCGUGUCCUCUCAACGCUGGCACAGCUGUUGCAGCCCACCAUCAACUUUGUUCCCCUGUGUCACUACAAGGAGGCUGUUUUCAGAGAUGACGCCCACCGCAGGCUGGUGCAGGAAGUGCAGGCUGAACUCAAAACCAUUUCUGAUGCCAUCACACAGCGUAACAGCCAGCUAGAGCUGCCAUAUCCAUACCUCUGUCCAGGACACAUCGAGAACAGCGUCACCAUUUAA